UUGCUAACUUUCUACACAGACAUUGUCCUGGAUCAUAGUCAAUUCAUAUCAACUAAGACUUUGGAAAGCAUCUCAAGAUUUAAUGUUAAGGAAACGAAGACCAGAUGACAACGAGGAUGACAACCUCCACCCCCCUCAUCCUAAGAGGACUAAGACAGACCAGGCCUUACAGGACACUCAUGCUGAACAGUUAACAAACGACAAUGGACGUAACCACAGCAACAUAGGUAACACCAAUUGUGAGAGAGUUCCAGGUAACAACUUAAGUGAGAGCACUGCUGAAGAAGACUCCAACAUUCAUGAAUUAUCACAAGAGGAGGACUAUGAAGUAUGCCAAGAGAGAGGUCUUUACUCCCACAUUAACAACAUCUUGAAGGAAGCUCAUAUUUACAACCACAGGCAGAGAGGACAGUCAAGUCUGACCACUAAAGAAUUCUUUUCUUGUAUGUAAAUUUCAAUGGCAUACAUGCAAAGCAGUCCUGUCUUUUGUCUGUAUUUUCAGUAAGAGGUCAAUGGGCAUUGUAUUCUUUUGUUGUGUUGGUCCACCACUGUAAUCGCGGAAGGACAUUCAUGUUAAAAUAUUAGCAUAAUGACUUCUCCUGAGACUGAAUGGAUUACAUGUCCAAUUGAGGUUUGUUUCCAAGAUGCUUAUUUAGGGUAUUCAUAUUAAAAGUCAUUUAAAAUGUAAUUUUCUUAUUUUGGAAAAUUAAGUGGCCCGAUAAAGUUUAUGUGUUUUACUUUGAAAUGUCAAAGAACAAAUCAUGGAGGGGCCAUUACCAAGCCAAUAGUAAUGAGCAUUGGCGAGAAGGGGAAAUGUGGGUGGUGUGUUCUCAUUCUGAUAUGAACAUGGGCUGAUCCUCAGAAUGGAAACAUCUACAGAAAUACUUCUCCACCUAUACUGGAGUAAAAAUCAUCCGAGGUGGGCUGUGAACUUGAAACCUGUUUCUAAUAAGUACAUUCUUUGUAUUCUAAGGGAGAAUCCUUCUCCCUUUAAUGUUCCUGUGUGUGCUCUUAAGACUCGGGUCAAACACUUAUAAUUCGUUCAGAGAAGUACAUAGCAAUGCUGUAGCUUAAGCACAAACUUUCAAUAUUUACUACUUCUGAGUUGUCUCUUACUGUCCCAUCUAUUAUGUCUAAUGUUGUUAAAAAAAAAUCUCAGUUAUUGCAAAGGAUAUGUGACUUGAGAGGUAUUGUAAAGCUGGGUGCAUGACUAUCCAUUGUCUAACAAAUCAUUCACAGGAAAGAGAGCAUCUCAAGUUUUCAAAAUCCAUACAAAUGUUUGGGGCUGGAUGGACCAGUAAAACAUUGCAUGGCUAGCUUUUGGCAUAGCCUCAGAAUGGCAAAGCUCUCAGCACAGUUAAUGUGGCUAGUUAUGGUUGAGCUGAAUUACCAUUAAAAGAAGCAGACAGUUCUCCUUACUGAUGAAUCUGGCCUGGUGUUUAGUCAUAUUGGGCAGCCAGCCCAGCCUGUGGAUUGACUUGUGUAAUGCCCACAUUUUUUUCCUGAUCAAAGAACCAAAGGCAUCAUACCUUGUGCCCUGUGGUUGUGAAGCCUAUAACUGGUUUUAAAUUUACUGAGAAAUGAACCUUCUUUGCUAAGCACAGUCUCUACAAAUGAACUUCAUGAUCUGCAAGGAUUUAUAAUUACCAGUAACUUCUCUGCUGAAGAACCAGGGCUUCUUGGCAGGGGACAAUUGAAUAGGUAUCUGGGAUAACAUAUUCUCUGUAAAAAUAAAGUGAACAGCAAAACAAUAAAGAGGAGAAGCUAUCUGAAAUUGGAACCUGCUUACACUCAACACAGUCCAUGAGCACAUGUCAGGGAAGAUAUGCAGCAAGCAUUGCACCAUGUUUAGGAACCACAGUCACAAAGAUGAUAUACCUUGGUGGGUGUUCACGUCCACCACCAAAGUAUCCUGACAACCUGA